UGUCGAUCCAACUUAUAGUGCAUUCGUUGGAUUCUCGACUCCCUUUCGACCUUUUCAAGCUCCGUCUGCCCAACAAACACGAAGUGGUGGGCCUAAUCCUUUUUCAAUUCUUCAUCAUCACCAUUAUUUCUUUUUUUUUCAUACAUAUCCUUUUAGAACUUUCACAGCCAUCACUUCCUUUUGGGUUUUUCUCUCUGUUUUCUUUUCUCCUCCCGCGAAUGCCCCGGGACAGAUGGUUCGGAACAUCGCCAUCGAAUCCCUACUGGUUUGCCUCCUCCAUUAUUUCAUCUUCUUCUCCGUCCACUUACGCUACUCCUCCGCUCAGAAGACCUCCAUACCUUUGGGCCAAUCCCUGAAACUAAACGAAACUUUGGUCUCCCCAGGUAACGUUUUCGCCUUGGGCUUCUUCACCCCAAAUGGCAGCUCCUUCGUCUACCUGGGCAUCUGGUACGCCGCACUUCCCGGCCGCACCGUCGUCUGGGUGGCUAACAGGGCGAAUCCGAUCCAAGCCAACGACUCCGGCGCACUUCUCACGCUGUCGCUGGACGGCACCCUCGCGGUGGUCGACGGGAACACGAGCAGGCUCUGGUACGCCAAUUCUUCGUCGUCGACGUCGCCGGGAAACGACACGACGGCGGCGCUUUCGGAUGACGGGAGACUGGCCGUGUCCGGGAACCAGGUGACGUAUUGGGACAGCUUUGGGGAUCCGUCCGAUACGUUUCUACCGGCCAUGGGCUUCAUCACGAACACGACCUCCGGGAAGAGCGUCCAGUGGACAUCGUGGGCGAGUGUCUCGGAUCCAUCACCCGGGCGGUUCUCGCUGGGGCUCACCCGAUACAGCCCCACAAACCCGAUCCAGCUUUACCUAUUAAACGGCUCGGCACUGUUGUGGCGAACCGGCCCGUUGAGCGGGCGGAUCUUCUCGGGCUUGCCCAAUAUGUCGAUCUUCAGUAUCUACGGGUUCAAUCCGAGCCAAAACGGGGACGAGUUCACCCUUGGGCUCAACUCGGGCAGCAGCCGGCUCAACAGGUUCGUCGUCGAUCCCGCCGGCGUCGUCAAGCAGAGCAACUGGAGCGAGACGGCUGGGGCGUGGGUGGACCUCUGGAAGCAACCCGGGGGACCGUGCGACCGGUACAACUGGUGCGGGUCGUUCGGCUUGUGCGAUCCCUUGAACGCCACGGACGUCUGUGGGUGCCUGCCGGGGUUCGAGGCGAGGUCGGGCACCGGCAGGGACGGGUGCGUCCGGCGGACCCAGUUUGGGUGUGGGACCAAUGGGUCGGGCUUUCGGAGCCUGCCGUCGGUGAAGCCGCCGGAUCAAGGGACCGUCUUCGCGAACCUCAGCAGCCAGGCCGCUUGCCAGGCAGCGUGCCUCGGCAACUGCUCGUGUACGGCGUACAUUUACACGUCCGGGACGGGGUGCAUAAUGUGGUUCGGCGACCUGCUGGACAUUCUGCAGUUCUCAGGCGAGACGGACGGACUCGAGUUGUUCCUCAAGCUCGCGCCUUCUGAAAUUGCGGGUGCCCAUGGCCGUAAGUAUGUGAAGAUAUAUGUGCCGAGCAUCUUGGGUGCCGUUAUUUUGGUGGCUUGCAUCUUUUGUUUAUGGAGACAGAAGGGGAGGCUGAAUGAAUUGUGGAAGAGAAAUGGAGUUGGUUCAAGCAUGGUGUCUUAUAUGGGCACUCUUGAUCAUGUGGCAGAGUCUGGCAGAAGGGUUGAGGAGAAUGGUGAAGGGCUGCCGUUGCUUGAUUUGGCCUCUGUAAGGGCAGCCACAAAUGGCUUUUCUCUUGCAAACAAGCUAGGAGAGGGCGGUUUCGGUCCAGUUUACAGAGGUAAAUUAUCAGGAGGGCAAGAGAUCGCCGUGAAGAGAUUGUCGAGGAAUUCAGGACAAGGAGCGCAGGAGUUCAUGAACGAGGCAAGGCUGAUUGCCAAACUUCAACACAGAAACUUGGUUAAGCUUGUCGGCUGUUGCGUUGAGGAAGACGAGAAAAUUUUGGUGUAUGAAUACAUGCCCAACAAAAGCUUGGACGCUUUCCUCUUUGAUGAAGCACUUGGUCGUGAGCUUGACUGGGAAAGGAGAUACACAAUAGUGCUGGGGAUUGCAAGAGGGCUGCUGUAUCUUCACCAGGAUUCAAGAUUAAGAGUGGUUCAUCGCGAUCUGAAAGCUAGCAACAUUCUGCUCGAUGCUGCAAUGAACCCCAAGAUUUCUGACUUCGGAAUUGCAAGAAUCUUUGGUGGCGAUCAGACCCAAGAAAUCAACACCAUAAGAGUAGUUGGCACAUAUGGGUAUAUGUCUCCUGAAUAUGCGAUGGAAGGAAGGUUUUCAAUAAAAUCCGACGUCUUCAGCUUCGGGGUAUUGGUGCUAGAGAUCGUGAGUGGCAAAAGGAUGACGCGUUUCCACCAUCCGGACCUCUCACUUAAUCUUCUCGGAUACGCCUGGAAAUUGUGGAAUGAAGGGCGAGCUCAGGAGCUGCUGGAUCCGUCAUUGACUGCAUCAUCAGUGAUCAGUUCAGACCAAGUAGUGAGGUGGAUCCAUGUGGGUCUGCUCUGCGUUCAAGAUGAUGAAACGGAUCGACCAACCAUGUCCACCGUCGUCGUUAUGCUCGGCAGUGAAGCUUCAAAUCUGCCGCCACCCAGCAUGCCUGCCUACUCUUCGAGGAGAAGAAGAACUGCUGGAGAAGCAAAUUCCACUUCUACCGACGGUUCUGGUAUAGAUCAAUCCGUCAACCUUGUCACGAUCACUGCCAUGGAAGCCAGAUGAAUGUCUUGAAAAUGGUGUGAAUAUUCUUGUUUCUUUUUCUGAAAAAAGUCUGUAUAUAAUGAGUUGGAAAAGAAGGGGCAAUUAUAAACCUGAUUUGAUUGUGAUUAUUUUUUUGUAAUGUGGAGGAUACUUGCUACUUUUUCAAUGAAAAGGAAAAUAUUGAUAUUCUUUUGAA